GUGUUUUGCUCAAAGGAGCGUUGUGAACGUACCCUAUAGAUAGUGUAGUGGAUAUGAGUACGGAGGUUAUAGGAAGAAUAAUCAUAAUAAUAUUAUUAAAGAAAAAGACUCAAAACUUAAAAGCAAUGACUUCCCUCUGAAGUUUCGAUCUUCCCGUCUGGCCUCCAUUUUCUCAAAACUCCAUUGUCAUAGCUUCACUUCAAAACUCGUUAGGGUUUGAAACUUUGCCUUCGCGCUUUCUCCUCAUCACUCUCCAAAAUCAUGCCGACCGUAGCUACCAGAUUCACUUCAAUGGCGACUGCUGGAGUCGGAGUUAUCACAAAUCGUUUUCGAAAACCCCCGCCUGUUCAGUCAUCGGAGCAAUUGCUUUGUAAUUCCACUCGUCCUGUUUCCGUUCUCACAUCCUCUUCCUCUCUCUCCCUCAAGCCUUUCUUCACCUAUGAAACCGAGCUAGUCAUGGAGGCUGGGGAGCCAGUCCCUAGACUCGUAUUUGAUCGUGUCCCUAACCUUGAAGAAUCAAAGGAAGCCACAGCAGAUUUGAAGGAGGUCUUGGAUGCGAUGUAUCUUCAAUCAGAGCCUCCAUUAUCAUCGGAAAUUUCUCUGCCUCUGAACUCUGAGAUAGUAGGUGACGGACCAGGGGUGAAGCAUGUUCAUCAAGCAUUUCGUUUGCUUUGCAAUUCCCCUGAAAUUCAGAAUGCUGUUGCCUCCGCCGCUGCGGACCAGAAGGUAUACGAAGCUGUGCUUGAGAAUUCUGAAGUCAAGAAACUCAUCCAAUCAUAUCAAAUCAGUUCUGAUACCAAUGAGGAGAAAGAUGAAGAAAAUGUUAUCCAGGAGGAAGAAUCAAAAGCAAGCGAAAUGAAAAUGUCCAGGAAUCCAAAAGAUUUCGUAGUUAAAAUGGUGAAGAAUAUACUGAGUCAUCUUCCAGGCUUAUUUGGAUCUUCAGUUGUAGAGAAUAGUUCUGGAUCAGAUAGUAAAGAAAACUCAACCAUGAAAGGUGGGAAUUUUGAAUCAGGCUUUGUGGAAAAGCUCAGGAACCUGAAAAAUUCGGUUGUUGAAAUGGUGACUAAGAUACCGAAUUAUCUUCCUAACUUUCAUGGAUCUUCUUCUUCAGCUUCAGAGAGUGUUUCUGGAUCAGAUCAUAAAGAAAAUUCCCAAAGUUCUGUCCCUGAAUUGGAUAUAGGAACAUCUCUUACAGGGUUGGCAAUCAUGGUUAUUAUGAUUGUAGUCUUCAAGCGAGUUUAGUCUGCUCACAAGAGUCUGCUGGACCUGUGGAAGCAGUGUGUAGAGCUUCAAACAAAGGCUCCAGAGUUUGUUAAGUAUGUUAUAACUUAUACGAGUUUAUCUCUUGCUAAAUCUUAAUAGAUAGUAUAAGGGAGAUACUUUAUGUUAACAACUGUUUUUAGCUUUCUUUAGUCAAUUCUCUGUGUGCUAUGGAUAAUGGGAUGGAUAUUAUGGAGUUAAUUGUACCUCACUUCUCUAGGAGGAACAAAGAUAUCAACCUUUUCCAUUGUAUUCUUAUUUCCUUUUAAUGUAGGUUACCGCCAUUUGGGUUGAA